UGCUACUCCAAGAUACCAAACAUGAGAGUAGGUCCAUGGAUUAUAUCCACACUCCAUUUUAAUAGAUACAUGAUGUGACAAAGAGUCAAAGGGAUACGACAUGUUGCCCGUGAAAAAGCUCCUCAAUUUGAACAUCGCUUGUUCCUGUCCUCGCUAGCGUGGCGUGCUGACGGCAAACACUCCCGUGAUCUAUGUACACAUAUUAUCUCGUGAAACUUCGACGAAUGCCACCAGUACAAAAGCAAAGCCUCGUGAACUACGCCUUCAUCCAAAUAACCGAGGAGUUCGAAUCGCUGUGGGAUCCCUCGCAGCUGUGGAACUUACUUCUCGAUGGACCCGGUAUGAUAAAGACCCUCAAACGUCUACCAACCAAACAAAUCGCUAAUCUUCAAGUCCUCACCAUCUACGGCCCCUCUCCGUCGCAACGAGAAAGCAUCCCAGCACUGAAAUAUCAGAGCAUAGUCGGCGAGCUCAUAGAAAAGUUGAAAAGCCUUGAAGUCAUUGAACUCAGCUUGUGCUGGCCCAUCAGCUCACGUGCUCUCUGUGAGCGUGGAGGUGGGGAAUUGCGAAGGGAUCGUGAUCAGCUUCUCGAUGUUCUGGGCUCGGCACAGUCCUUGCGGACAGUGACUAUCCAUGCCUGUCUGGAAGUGUUCAGUGACUUACGCUCGCUCACUGAGACUUAUGAUCCUGGAUUUGAUGUAAUGCAGAAAGCUACGGAAAGCAUCCAUGCUAAGAGAUGUGGAACGUCAUUUCAAAUGGUGACUGUGUUGAUGGAAGAUGAUAGUGAUUUAGUCUGUCAGAGUCGUGUCGAUCAAGAGGGCGUACUUCAAGUUUCCGUCCUGAGAGACACAAGAUCUUGGUCAAUUGAGUCGCCGACUCCGGCAAGCGGAUGUUGGUCUGGUCCUCAACACCAGUGAGUGACAAUAUCCCAGCGGUAGAUCUCGAGGCUGCCGUAGAGAAGUGGUUAUGAGUAUCCAUUCUCUGUAUGAUAAGAGCAGGCAGUGCUCCUGGCAAGUAAACUUGGAAACAAAUUCCCCUCUCAAUAAUUUGUCCCAGAAAUCGGAAGUCAUGUGCUAGACUCCAAGACGGCACAAAUUUAUGAAGACAAG